AGACGCACGACUGCUUUCAAGGGUAGCAGAGCUCCCCUGGGAGGGAAAAGACUGGACAAAUUUAUUUGUAAAGGGGAAUUUUAGAAUCGGUACACCGAGAUCUGGAUAACUCCUUUUAAAGCAGGUAAAUAAUGGCUUUAGAGAUCUUAGAAGUACCGUCUCUCUCGCUGACUGCAGUUAGCUGAGUUUAAGCUGACCUUGAUGGGGAAAGGUUAGUGUGCUGUUACCAGUUCUUCAGGGUGACCGCUACUCUGGAGUCCCUCCUGUCCUCUUUCACACCUCGCCCCAACCAAAAGAAGCCAACAGGCAACUCUUGUCACAUUGACUCUUGCAUGUGAGUUAAAUUAAUUUCUUGAGAGAAACCUUCAUAAAGGGCUAAAUAAACAAGAUCUGCAUAUACAGAAAGUUCUUCUUCUGCAUUUGAGACACAGCUAAACUCCUCUGUCUGGAAAUCUGAAGACUUUUAUAGCAAAUCCUCCAGUGUCAAAAUGAACACAGAUAGCGGUGGGUGCGCUCGCAAACGUGCUGCCAUGUCUGUCACAUUAACAGCUGUGAAGAGAGUUCAGAGUUCUCCAAACCUAUUGGCCUCAGGAUCUGAUUCUCAGUCUCCAGAUUCAGCUUGGAGAUCUUACAAUGAUGGAAGUAGAGAGGCACUGAAUGGAGAUGCUAGCAGUUCAUCUCUUACAGCAAAAGGUUUUAGGAGCGUGCGGCCAAAUCUACAGGAUAAAAAAUCACCAACUCAGGCACCUCUGCCACCCCCUAGAAAAGAAAGUUUUCGGAAAGCAAGAGUAACUAAUCACAAGAACGAAAUUAACCUCCAGGCAGUAACGACCGGUCCGGCUAAACACCUUCCCACAGAUACUGCCUUUUACACUAACGAGGAAUCUGUCCAGGAGACAAUGUCUUCUCAAAUAUCUAACACGAGUGUGUGCUAUGCACAAAAAAUCACUAAACCACUCACCUCCGUCUCCAGUGCAGGCACAAGCGCGGUAGUUGGUAUUAGUACUACUCUCCAUCAAGGCCAAAGGCAACAGUCUCAAAAACGUAGGGUAUCUACCCUGAAAUUAACCCGGACACGCGACCCAGCGAGUAGCAUUCGUUGUAAUACCCAGCAACAGCUCAAGCCUGUUGAAGUGCCAGUAUUUCCACAAAGGCCUGUCUCACCUGCCCGUAACCCCGUGCCUGAGAAACACACAGCAUCUCUUUCCGUUCAGAUAGCUCCCAUCCCUGACAAUAAAGCAGAGCCUGAAAUCCAAGAACAUCCACCUAGUGUUUCUCCAGACACUUCAAAGAUGGCUUCAAAGGAUUUGGGACAAAAGUCUACAGUUCUUCCUUCUUCACAGGCUGCAGAAUGCCAUGUGCUUGGAAACCAGAAAGUAACUGCCCCUGUGAUGGAGGUAAAUGCUUCACAGACACACAGACAAACAGCAACAGAAGCUUCUCCACUGCCUCUUCCUCCUCCUGUGGUACCAGUUAACAGAACCUCUUUCUCACCAGACAGUGCCACCCAUCUAGUACCAUAUUCUUUGCCAACGCUUGAUGAUUUUUUGCCUUCACGCUUUUAUAAAACCCCAGCCCUUUCACAGUUUUCUUACAAAUGCCCAUACCUAGCUUCCGAAAGCCUUAUCCACAGGAACGAAACGGCCUCUGUAAGCACAGAUUCUGCCAUGAGCGAGUGCUCCUCCCGCACAGUGAGUGAGUCCUCCACGGCCAUUCUAGAUGAGCUGCAGACUUGUAGCUAUGAUACCACUGACUGCUCUGAAACACCUUCCCCAACCUUGAGCCAGAUGUCUGCUGUGUCAGAUGGCACCACCUUAACCAACACUGCUGCCACCUCUCAUGCUCAGAUCACAGUGAAUGGGAACUCUGGCACGGCUGCCAGCCCAGUGAGUCACUUCCAAAGGCCUUUUUCCCCUUCUUCAGCUUACCCUCCGCCAGCUUCGCUCAAUUCCAACAUUGUUAUCAUGCAGCAUGGCAGGAUGAUGGAGUCCACAGAGACAUACUCACAGCAUGUUCAGACUGUUGGCAGCAGCACCACCACCAGUACAAUACCGAUCUGUAGAUCCUCAGAAGAAGAAAAAAAAAUUACAGUCAUUAAAGCUCCACAUUAUGCAGGGAUUGGCCCGGUGGAUGAAUCUGGAAUCCCUACAGCAAUUAGAACGACAGUUGACAGGCCGAAGGAUUGGUACAAGACAAUGUUCAAGCAAAUCCAUAUGGUUCACAAGCCCGAUGACGACACAGACAUGUAUAAUACUGCAUAUGCAUACGGUACUGGUAGCUACAGUCCGUCCUUCUCUGCUCAGGCACACCCGGCUGCAAAGACGCAGACGUACAGACCGUUGUCUAAAAGCGCUUCUGACAGUAGCUCCGAUGCCUUUAAGGUCUCAUCCCCUUUACCACCUCCACAUGUGCCACCUCCAGUCCCACCGCAUCGUCUGAGGGAAAGGUCGACACCAGAAAAAAAUGACUGGGAUCCCCCUGACAGAAAGGUAGAUACCCGCAAGUUCCGUUCUGAACCAAGAAGUAUUUUUGAAUAUGAGCCGGGAAAGUCAUCAAUCCUUGAACAUGAAAGACCGACUUCCUUGUAUCAUCACUAUUCAACAGACAGAGGCCUGGACAGGCCCUCUAGUUCUGCGAGUACGGCGAGCGACUACCGAAAAAGAAGGAAGUCGGAACCUGCUGUAAGUCAUCAGAGGGCGCACAGCGAUCAGAACGCCAGCAGACCUACCCUGGGCCGCGCAGAUGUGCAAGGCCCGUAUUCCACCCUUAGAAAGCCUUUAACUAGCUCGUCUCCUUCUUCUCCAUCAAGAGCAAAAGGUGGGGACAUUAGCAAAGUAUAUCCAUCCCUUUUAAGUUAUUCAGUGCACAACCACAACACCUCAAAUGAAUUAGAUUACUGUAGCACUUACAGGCAACAUUUAGCUGUUCCAAACGAUUCAAGAAGGGCCAUCAACUACAAGAAUGGCUGGCAAAUGACUCGUCAAAAUGCAGAAGUCUGGAGCAGCACAGAAGAAACCGCUUCUCCAAAGAGGAAAUCUCGUAGCUGUGAUGAUCUGUUAACAGAUGACCGGGAUGGCUUCCCCGAUGCGCAGGCCAAGUCUGAAAGCAUGGGCUCGCUGUUAUGUGAGGAGGACUCCAAAGAAGUUUGCUCAAUGAACUGGACCUCCCCAUAUGUUCCUGAGGGCCGUGGUGGUAUUAGCAGGCCGAGAGUUCGUCACAGAUCUGCACACGAUGCCCCAGGUUUCCUAAAAAUGUACAAAAAGAUGCACCGCAUCAAUCGCAAGGACUUGAUGAAUUCUGAGGUGAUUUGUUCUGUGAAGUCCAGAAUCCUGCAGUACGAAAAAGAACAGCACAAAGGUAUUCUUCAAGGCUGGAGAGAGUCUUCUACUGAAGAGGUGCCUAGAGACAUGGUACCAACCAGAAUAUCUGAAUUUGAAAAGUUAAUUCAGAAGUCAAAAUCAAUGCCGAACCUGGGUGAUGAAAUGUUGUCGACCGUUACACUAGAGCCUCCUAAAAACGGCUUAUGUCCAAAGAGGCGAUUUUCUAUUGAAUCCUUGCUGGAAGAAGAAAAUCCAGUCAGACAUCCCUCUCAGGUACAACGGAGCUACAAGUCUAAAACCCUGGUGCCAAUUCAUAUUGAAGUGACCAGUGAUGAGCCACAACGAUCGCAUAUGGAUUUUUCCGACAGUGAUCAAGAUGGAGUGGUUUCUGACCUCAGUGACUUUAUCCAGAUAGAGGGUUCAUCCUUUUGUAGUGAAAGUGACUUCGACGACUUUUCCUUCACAUCAUCCGAAAGCUUUUAUGGAUCAGGCCAUCACCAUCACCACCACCACCACCACCACCGGCAUCUCAUCAGCUCCUGCAAAGGGCGAUGCCCAGCAUCCUACACCCGCUUCACCACCAUGCUCAAACAUGAAAGGGCUAAACAAGAAACCACUGAAGAUCCCAGGAGACAGGAAGCAGAGUCUGGCCUCUCUAAGAUAGCAUUCCUAGUCAGCCCAGUGCCUUUCCGGAGGAAAAAAAGUGCAGCUCCUAAAAAACAAACUGAAAAGAAAAAAUGCAAGUCGUCUGUAUUUGAAGCACUCGAUUCUGCACUUAAAGACAUCUGUGACCAAAUUAAAGCUGAAAAAAGAAGGGGAAGCCUGCCCGACAACAGUAUAUUACACAGACUUAUUACCGAGCUGCUUCCAGACAUUCCAGAACGGAAUUCAUCUCUCAAAGCUCUGAAAAAGAGUCCCAUGCACCAGCCUUUUCAUCCACUGCCUCAAGAUGGUGCUAUCCAUUGCCCACUGUACCAGAACGAUUGUGGAAGAUUACCUCUUAGUGCCUCUUUUCCAGACAUGGACGCAACUAACAACAAUGAUAGUGCACUGUGUUUCCAAGUAGACCAGGAGUCUCCUGGAAGCUAUUCUUCUGCUUUCACUGAUGUGGGACGAUGUACUCCAAGGGAGAGAAGAGGAACUACAGAGAAAGAGAAACUGCCAGCUAGAGCUGUGUAUGACUUUAAAGCUCAGACUUCUAAAGAGCUGUCCUUUAAGAAAGGAGAUACUAUCUAUAUCCUCAGGAAAAUUGAUCAAAACUGGUAUGAGGGCGAGCACCACGGAAGAGUUGGAAUAUUCCCGAUUUCUUAUGUCGAGAAACUUUCUCCCCCAGAAAAAGCACAGCCUGCCAGGCCGCCUCCCCCCGCACAGAUCGGAGAGAUUGGAGAAGCCGUUGCCAAAUAUAAUUUCAGCGCAGACACAAAUGUGGAGUUGUCGCUUAGAAAGGGAGACAGAGUAAUCCUUCUGAAGCGAGUUGAUCAGAACUGGUACGAAGGUAAAAUACCAGGAACCAACAGACAAGGCAUCUUCCCCGUUUCCUACGUCGAAGUCAUCAAAAAGAAUGCAUCAAAAAGUCUCGAUGACUACCCUGAUCCUCCGAUACCCCAAAGCUAUUCUAGUGACAGAAUACACCAUUUAAGUUCAACUAAGUUGCCUGCCCAAGCACUGUCCCCACUUCCCAGACACCUUUCCUCCUCUUGGUCUCACACUGAUCAAAAGAUUCUCCGGGCUGCCGCUAGUGAUGGCUUUUCAAGGACUGUUGGCUUUUCACCUUCAAGCGUGCGCACCUUACCUCCUCCACCAUUUCCAGACACUUUUCUUUGUGACUUAGAAGAGCUCAAUUCUUUGGCACUGACAACAUCCCAGUCCGUAGCAAUCUCCCCAGGUAAUAGCCUUCAGCGAGUCAAGGAUGAUCACUUUAGUCCAAAUACAGAGGUCUCUCUCAGCUCUCCUCCAGCUCUUCCUCUGUCCUUUCUUGUACCUACCUCUGUCUCAUCCCACGACACAGUCUAUAAGCACACCGGUAACCAUGCCAAACCAGGAAAAGAUAAAGACUUGAGAGUGAUACUUGACUCUCUGGUUAUUGAAGAACCUAAAGACUUGUCAGAUGCUACAGGCGAAGGUGAACAUGUUGGCGCUAUCAGUAGCACCCCUUCGCCACAGGAAGGUGGCCCCAUCUCCAGUGUGGUAGCUGCAUCUGCUGAAAACGAAGAGGAAAUGUGUACUGCAGACCUCUCAGUUAACGCAGGGGAUCAGUCACAGCCUCGAGAAUCAGAGUUCUACAGAGGAGUGCGAGACUCAAUGGAAGAGCUGACAAGACUCCAUAUAGAGGAGGAUGUGGGAGAUGACAGUUUAGAAUUCCCAGUAGCGAGUGGAGGAGACUCCAUGGUAUGUUCUGAAGGAUACGCUUCACCGACUAUUGAUAAGCCAGCUCUACAUUCAGCGGGAACAUCAGGAGACUCCGAUCCUCCUCCCCACCUUUCUUCUAUUCUUCCGUUUCACUCUGCCAUGGCACCGGCUUCUCAUUCUGUCCCUACAACAUCCCCGUCUCCCGCUUCCCUCUCCCCUCCUCUCCUUCCUGCACCCCUCCAUCAGCAGGAGGAAGACUCACCAACGUUCAAGGCUAAUUUAAAGCGAGAGCUAUUUGUUCUGGGUAAACCUCCUCGUAGCCCAGUGAUGACUAGGAGACCCUGCAGCUCACCUGGCCGAGGUCCCAGCCAUUCGCACAGGCCACAGCGCCCCGUGCUUGCUCAUGAAAACAUACACGGUGGGGGGGAACCGUUUCAGGCUCUAUAUAACUAUACUCCUAGGAACGAAGAUGAAUUGGAGCUCAGAGAGGGAGAUGUCAUUGAUGUGAUGGAAAAGUGUGAUGAUGGAUGGUUUGUGGGAACCUCGAGAAGAACCAAAUUCUUUGGUACUUUCCCUGGAAACUAUGUCAAGAGGCUGUGAAUUUUUAUUUUUUUUUCCCCUACUUAUUUAUGCUGCAUCUCUGCAACACAUCUGCAUAAAGCUGCUAGAAAACAUGCUCCGCUGGCCUUCUGUUUUCUCGCUUGCAGUCUCGAACAGAGACCAUCUAGUUCACCCCCAUCCCAUGCCACCCGCCCCGCCGUCCCUGCAGUAUUACAGCAACGACCACCGCGUGAAUAACUAAGCUUUUCUGAAACAAGAGAGGAAGCGUUUCAACAUUUAAAUACUCCCUGCUUUAAAGUCUUUUCAUAGGAAAAUAUGAAGGACAUAGGAAAAAGGCCGCUAGAGGAGAAGCCUGAUGAGAGGUACACGGAUGAAUUGCCGGGAGGGGGGGGUGGGAAGGGGGAGAAACCGUUCUCGGUUUGGACAUUUUGGGGUACCAUCAUGAAGUGCGAUGGGCUAUUUUCCAGCAUGCAUGUAAUACAGGGGGAAGUUGCUGUUUACUAUUUUUAAAGAAAAGAAAAAAAAAAAAAAAGAUAUUGUUUGAGUUUCCCCAUCCUUAUUAGCUUUGGCAGCAUUUGUCGCUUUCACUUUGCCGUAUCACAGGUUUGCCUAUUGUGCUGGUUUACAACGUAUGACAAAAUUGUAACGUAGAUUUUUUUGCCUGCACUUGUAUGUUGUAACAUAUGCACAGUGAUUGUAAAAUCUCAAGCAAGCGUAGUGAAAAAAAAAAAAGAAAAUAAUAAUGGAAGAACUGCAAGUGUUCCGAACGGGUGCAAUGGUAUCGGCUAAACCUUUCUUCUUUUUUCCCUAAUAAAGCUGUAGCGUUUUCUGUUAAAAGGUAAAAAGUGCAAGAGGCGUAAAACCUCGGGAAAGAGGAUUUAACGAAGAGACAGACAAUGAUAUAAGCAUAGACAAAUACUAACCUGCUACUGACGUUCAAUGGUUGUAAUCCAAAAGUCGUCAUAGUAAGCAAGAUGGAAUUUGAGAGGUUAGUGUUUUUACGUAUCAGGAAUGUUAAGCAGCAGGAAGUAAACAGUGUUAGUGCAAAGGGUUGUUGGUUGUUUGGGGUUUUGAUUUUUUUUCCUAACAUAGCCACCUGAAAAGAAAAA